AACAACACAUAGAUAACCCUAAUCCUCUCCCCAAUAUCGUCCUCUCUAACGCCUCCAAUUCGUCCAUUACCCAGACUGCGAUAGCAGAACCUGACCAUCGUCUGAAGAACAGAAAAGUCAAACCGCCAGAUUUAAGAGGACGGCAAGAAGGGAGAACUCAUGGAGGAAAGUGCAGAGAAUAUUCUGAUGGAAGAGCACCGAGUGGAUCAAUUCAGAGCACUGAUAUUCUUAGCACUCGAGAAAGAAGCGUAUCACCGCGUCAAAAUCGAUUGGUGGCUCGAAGAAGUGAAGCUUCUGAUACAACCAUGGUGGGAGAUCGAUUCACACAAUGUGAAACACAUGGUGAAUGUGAAACCGAUGAGGUCAGUGAAGGAAGACCAGAGGAGUGUCCGAAACAUACUGGGACUGUCUGAGAUAGAGGAUUGGCCAAACAUUCAAAUGUCAGUUAUGGAUAUGAUAAUAUGGAAUUGUCGAGGUGCGGGUAAUGCUCGAUUCCGGAGAACACUGCGGGAUUUGGUAAGUUUGCAUAAUCCUGAUAUGUUAAUACUCAUGGAGACAAAAGUGGAAUUACAUACAAUGGGCAUGUUCUUCAACAAUUUGGGGUACACGGCUUCCACUCAUGUUGAUCCGAUUGGCCGAAGUGGAGGAAUCUGGCUACUGUGGAACCCUUGUCAAGCAAAUGUUCGAGUACAUGAUGCAACUUCCCAGAUGAUAACAGCUACUAUAUCAAGGCAAGAUUAUCCGGAUUGGGUUAUAUCUGCAGUUUAUGCAAGCCUAAAUAUCAUAAUGAGAGAGGAAUUAUGGAAUGGAUUGGAAGACAUUGCUCAAAAUAUUCAGGAAUCGUGGCUCGUAGCUGGGGACUUUAAUGAUUACUCCAGUUUUGCGGAGAAAAGGAGCUUCCAAGUUAAUAUAAAUCAAAGUACAAGCCAGAGCCAACACAGGAGCCAGAAAUUCAUGGAUAGAAUUAAUAGCUGCAAUCUUAUAGACUUAGGCUGUGUUGGUCCUAGACUCACUUGGACCAACAAUAGAAAAGGCUGGGCAAAUACCAUGGUCAGAUUGGAUCAGGCCCUAUGUAACACUGAAUGGAGAACACUUUUCCCAGAAGGGUAUGUUAGAAACCUGCCUCGCACUUACUCGGAUCAUUCUCCUCUUCUACUACACACUCAAGGAAAAAUUAAGUUGAACACAGACGAUAGCACUCGCAGGUCUGGCGGUGGUGGCGGAUUUGGUGGAGUAUUUCGUGAUGAAAGAGGGUCAUGGAUCAAUGGGUUUUACGGCAAGUUGGAGAUAUGCACUAGCCUUGAAGCAGAACUUUAGGCGGUAUACAAAGGGCUCACCAUCAUUCUUCAGAGAGGAUUCAAUCAAGUGAUUAUCAAAAUGGAUGCGGAGCAAGUGGUUCAGCUGUUAAGUGAAGACAUAGGAGAGAGAUGCCCUUUUCGGGGCAUUGUGGAAGAUGCUCGUAUUAUCAUGCGCGGUUGUGACUCACCAUCCAGCAUAUUCGCAGGGACGCCAACAUUUGUGCGGAUGCAAUGGCGAAAUUAGGCGACUAUCAACCGGCGGAGUUGCUUAUUGUUCAAGACCCACCUGCGGAACUUCGGCCAUUGUUAGUCGAGGACAUUGUUCACCUCUCUAUGGAGGGAUCUAGGAUGUAGUCCCUGUGUGUUUCUUUUAUCUUCCGAUGUACCUAAAAAAAAAAAAAAAGUAGUCAGAUUCACUUUUCACAAGUAAAGAUUU